UUUCGCUCCCCUUCGAGACUCGCACGCAUACGAAGAGAUGGCCCUCCUCCAGGUGGUGGCUUUGGUGUGCGCGGCGCUGGGCGUCGUCCGGGCGGGCCCGCUGCUCCCUGCCGGCCAGGAACCAGAGCCCUUCGACACCAACCCCCAGUACAGCUACAGCUACACCAUCCAGGACGCCGUCACCGGGGACACCAAGGGCCACUCCGAGUCGCGCAACGGCGACGUGGUGACGGGGCAGUACUCGGUGGUGGACGCCGACGGCACCCGCCGCAUCGUGGACUACACGGCCGACGCCGUGCACGGCUUCAACGCGGUGGUGCGUCGCGAGGGCACGCCGUCCGUGCACGCCGCCCCCAUCGUCCGCGCCGCCCCCGUCGCCGCCCCCGUCGUGGCGCGCGCCUUCGUCCCCGCCCCGGUACCCGCCAGCGUCGUCCGCUCCGCCCCCUUCGUCCAGUACAGCAGCCCCCGCUUCUCGUACUCGGUGCAGCCGGUGGCGGUGGCGUCGGCCCCCGUGGCGCGCUACGCCCCCGCGCCGUACAACGCGCUGCCGGCGCUGCCCUCCUACGCCGUGCCCUCCGGCGCGUCCAACGUGCACACCUCCGUGUCCACGCCCUACCACAGCUACUCCUACUAGCGGCGGACGCCGGCACCACGACGAAGACACGCGACUGAGGACGACGCACCACACCAAAGCAUGUACGCGACGACAGAUUCCCAUAAAAAUACCUCAAAGA